AUGUCCAACCCCGAGAAGCUGCUCUCAGCCCGCCCCCAGGCCCCCCUGGCUGCAGCCGGGGGAAAGCCCGGCUCCGGCACGGUCCACUCCUAUGGCCAGAGCAGCGGAGGCAGCGCCGGGGCUCCUCCUCCGGGAAGCGGCUCGGCUGCCUGCAGCUCCUCCUCUGCCCUGCUCCCAAGCAGCUGCCGCCGCCGCGCCGCGGGGACCGCCGCCGCCGCCACCGCCUCCUCCUCCUCCAGCAUCGUCCCCAGAGCCGCCGCUCCUCUCUGGGCUCCUCCAGCCCCCUCCUUCCCCGCCCCUGCUCCCUCUUCCCUUCGCUCCUUGCCGCCGCCUCCUCCUCUCCUCCCCCCCUCAGCUGCCUCUGCGCUCGCAAGUCUCCAAGGAAGGAGGGGAGGAGGAGAGGCGGCAGGAGGAGGAGAUGUUGGAGGAGGAGAAGCAGCAGCUCCCUUGAUCGUCCAUCCCAGCAGCAGGAGCAGCAGCAGGAGCAGGCUGUUCUUCUCUUCCUCCAUCCAGGGCUUGCUGCUCCCCUCUCCAGCCGCCGGACCCCGGCAGCACCAGCCGCGGCUCCUCCUGGCCCCAGCUGCCUCUCGCCUGUGGUCCUACAAUUUCCUGGGUGCUGCAGCAGCAGCCGCCCGCGGCGACGGGAUCCGAGGAGACGGCCCCGGCAGGAGCAGGACCCCUAGGCAGCGGCAUAGAGGCUCCUUCCUCUCCUUCUCAUCUCCCCUGCUGCUAAGGCCAGACAUGGAAGAUGGAUCCUCUUCUACAAGCUGCUUUAGGAGGUUUACAGACUGUUUCCUGGGCACAAGUUUGACAGAUGAAAAAGUGAAGGCCUAUCUUUCUCUUCACCCCCAGGUACUGGAUGAAUUUGUGUCAGAAAGUGUAAGUGCUGAGACAGUGGAAAAAUGGCUGAAGAGAAAAAACAACAGACAGGAAGAUGAGUCGACUCCUAAGGAAGUCAGCAGGUAUCAGGAUACAAAUAUGCAAGGAAUGGUAUACGAACUGAACAGCUACAUAGAACAACGGUUGGAUACAGGCGGAGACAACCAACUUCUCUUAUAUGAACUGAGCAGCAUCAUUAAAAUAGCUACAAAAGCUGAUGGAUUUGCACUAUAUUUCCUGGGAGAUUGCAAUAAUAGCCUGUGUGUGUUCACACCUCCGGGAGCUAAGGAAGGACAACCACAGCUCAUUCCUGCAGGGCCCAUUGCACUUGGCACCACAAUAUCUGCAUAUGUAGCCAAAUAUAGAAAAACUUUGUUAGUAGAAGAUAUUCUGGGGGAUGAACGAUUUCCCAAAGGUACUGGACUGGAAUCAGGGACUCGUAUCCAAUCGGUUCUUUGUUUGCCGAUUGUCACUGCAAUUGGUGAUUUGAUUGGUAUCCUGGAGCUUUAUCGGCAUUGGGGCAAAGAAGCCUUCCAUCUCAGUCACCAGGAGGUUGCAACAGCAAAUCUUGCAUGGGCCUCGGUAGCAAUACAUCAAGUACAGGUGUGCAGGGGUCUUGCCAAACAGACUGAACUGAAUGACUUCCUGCUUGACGUAUCAAAAACCUAUUUUGAUAAUAUAGUCGCAAUAGAUUCUCUACUUGAACAUAUAAUGAUAUAUGCAAAAAACCUGGUGAAUGCAGACCGUUGUGCACUCUUCCAGGUUGAUCACAAGAACAAGGAACUGUAUUCAGACCUUUUUGAUAUUGGAGAGGAGAAGGAGGGGAAGCCCGUCUUCAAGAAGACCAAAGAAAUAAGAUUUUCUAUUGAGAAAGGAAUAGCGGGUCAGGUAGCAAGAACAGGUGAAGUCCUUAACAUUCCUGAUGCCUAUGCAGAUCCACGCUUUAACAGAGAAGUUGACCUCUACACAGGCUACACAACCAGGAACAUUCUGUGCAUGCCUAUUGUGAGCCGAGGGAGUGUAAUAGGCGUUGUGCAGAUGGUGAACAAAAUAAGUGGAAGUGCCUUCUCUAAAACCGAUGAGAACAACUUUAAAAUGUUUGCAGUCUUUUGUGCUUUAGCCUUACACUGUGCUAAUAUGUACCACAGAAUUCGCCAUUCGGAGUGUAUUUAUCGUGUAACGAUGGAGAAGCUGUCCUAUCACAGUGUUUGUACAGCAGAAGAAUGGCAAAAUCUCAUGAACUGCACACUCCCUACCCACAUCUGCAAAGAAAUUGAACUAUACCACUUUGAUAUCGGUCCCUACGAGGAUGUCUGGCCAGCCAUUUUUGUCUACAUGGUCCACCAGUCCUGUGGUGCAACCUGCUUUGAACUUGAAAAGCUAUGUCGUUUUACUAUGUCUGUAAAGAAGAACUAUCGCCGUGUGCCCUAUCACAACUGGAAGCAUGCAAUUACAGUUGCACAUUGCAUGUAUGCCAUACUUCAGAACAACCAAGGGCUUUUCACAGACCUGGAGCGAAAAGGUCUCCUAGUUGCAUGCUUGUGUCAUGACCUGGAUCACAGGGGUUACAGCAACAGCUACCUUCAGAAAUUUGAUCACCCUCUGGCAGCUCUUUAUUCCACCUCGACUAUGGAGCAACACCACUUCUCCCAGACAGUGGCCAUUCUGCAGCUGGAAGGGCACAAUAUCUUCUCCAAACUGAGCUCCAGCGAGUACGAGCAGGUCCUGGAGAUCAUCCGCAAAGCCAUCAUUGCCACAGACCUUGCCCUGUACUUUGGAAACAGAAAACAGCUGGAAGAACUGCAUCAGACAGGAGCCUUAAACCUUAAAAACCAAGCACAUAGGGAUCGUAUGAUUGGUCUGAUGAUGACAGCUUGUGAUCUAUGUUCUGUAACAAAGUUGUGGCCAGUUACCAGAUUGACAACUAAUGAUAUAUAUGCAGAGUUCUGGGCUGAGGGUGAUGAAAUGAAGAAGAUAGGUAUUCAACCUAUACCUAUGAUGGACAGAGACAAGAAGGAUGAGGUCCCUCAAGGCCAAAUUGGAUUCUACAAUGCUGUAGCCAUCCCAUGUUACACCACUCUCACACAGAUCUUCCCUCCUGCUGGGCCACUACUCCGGGCAUGCAGGGAAAAUCUCAAACAAUGGGAAAAAUUGACGCAAGGAGAGGAAACUUCAUUAUGGAUUCCGUCCCAACCACAUGAUCCCCAGACCUCAGAUUCACUUCCUGUGAAGAUUGAUGACUAA